CGCGAAGGCUCACAGUCUGACGUCAUUGCAAAUGGCGACAGCCAGGCGAUCCCACUGACCUACUUCUAUUGUUAAGAAUAUACUUUCACAUAGAAUGAAGAUAUAUCUCUAUGGAGGUUUGGGUGAAGAUGGAACAGUAGAAGCCCCACUGUCAUCCGCAGUCAUCCUUUAUUUGCUCAACUACUGCCACCCACAUUCAAACAGUUUCCAUGUCUGCUUCAUUGAUCAGGAACAUAAUGGGGAAACAGUUGUUAAAGUCCCAGAGGCCUGCACACAGAAUAUAUCUCACCAGUUUAUGAACACAAUGGAUGGCAUAGAUUUAGUGUUGAAUUGCAGCCUCCCAGUCAUUCAGGACAUAGCAGCCCACACUGUUCGUAGUGGCCUGUGCUGUGUGGCCCGAUAUGUUGUGCAAGUCAGCCACAUGGCAGCAGUCAAGAAGGGACAUACAUUGAUAGAUCUCCUGGGUUUUAGGGCUGGAAGUGUGAAAGCAUGUGCGGAAGUUUCUGGGUGGACAAGACUGUGUGAGGUGGAGCUGCCCAAGGCCAUAGGUGGGCUCAUCUCCACUCUCAGAGAUGACAAGCCAGUGUCUAUGGAUAUCCCCGAAUGUUUGAUGACCUUUGAGCUACACUUUGACAAGCCACCAGUGCUGCAUAAUGACGACAAGAAAAAGCGACAGGUGCUGAAAGAUGUUCAGACAGAAGCGGAGGCCCUGAUUUCAGCUUGUGGAAAGGAGGGAGGCCCUGAUAUUGUUGAUGAGUUCUUUCAGACCAGGGAGGCAGUCAUGCCACAUGGAAGUGUGUAUUACAGAGUUCAGACGAAGGCAGAGAAAGAGGAGAAGAAGUUUGAUAUCAACACAGAGAACGGGGAGGUGUGCAGGUACGGAUGUACUGAGAACAAACUGAUCAAGUGGUGCGCCAGGUGUAAUGAUAGGGAAAAACUGAAACGCAAGGAAGAGCUGCAGCAGAAUAGGAACGCUAGGAUGAAUGAACGAAACUGUGAUGAAAAGACUACCAUAGAAAGCCAAGAAGUUUUAAAAAAUGGGUUGAACGUAAAUGGGGAUACAGAUCUUGGCAUUGGUUCCUUAGAUGAGUUAUCUACGUUCAUAAAGACUCUGACUAUACAUGACGUGAUCUAUGAGCAUGUGUAUGCUGAAGGGACCAGCUUCACCGUGGCUGAUGUGAUCCUGUUUGUCUACAUGUACACUCUAUCGGAGUCGAUGGGUUUUGGCAAGACUCAGCUUUUAGACAACGCCCCUAACAUCAAGAAAUGGCUGGUCCAUGUGAUGGGUCUACCUAAGAUACGUCAGACAUCCCUGCAGUGUGGUUACGAUGUGAGUAGCAUGGAGGGGUGCCUGAAGGGGGAGGGGCUGCAGUUCCCUACAGAGUUCUCCAUACCCCCUGUUACCUUGGACGUGGAAGAGGAUAACCCUGAAAUUGGGCGCAGUUCAAAAGCCAAACAGAAGGCACUUAAGAAGGAUGUUGCUGUGGUCUUGGAGAAAGUGAAGGAGGGGAGAAUACAGACUGAGCCCGGCGAGCAUCCUUGUGGUAGCAAUGUUCACAUGGACUGGACAACUGUGCCCCUCCAGGCCAGUCCCAAAUGUGAGUUACCAGAGAAACGUGUAUCCAGAAAGUGUGAACAGCUAGAGAACCUAGCGACAGCCGUACAGUCACUGGCCAAACCAGGGGACGUCAUUGUGGACUUCUGUAGUGGAGCUGGUCACCUUGGCAUCAUCAUUGCCUACUUGCUCCCGGAAUGUAAGGUGUAUUUGGUGGAGAACAAGGAAGAGUCACUGGGCCGGGCCCGGGACAGGGUGAUAAAGCUGGGCCUGGAUAAUGUUACCCUCUACCAGUGUAACCUGGACUACUUUCAAGGCAGUUUUGACAUUGGUGUGUGCCUGCAUGCGUGUGGUGUGGCCACUGACCUGGUUCUACAACAGUGCUUGGAGCGUGGAGCCAACUUUGUCAUCUGCCCCUGUUGCUAUGGCAGCAUCCACAACACCCAUCUCAUCACCUACCCCCGCAGUCAGCUUUUCAGGGAGGCAGGCAUCUCAGAUUAUGAUCUGAUAGUGUUGGGCCAUGCUGGAGACCAGACAGAAAAGGCCACGGAGCUGUAUGAUCAGGGUCGGCAGUGUAUGGGCCUUGUGGACACCGACCGUGCAAGGCUGGCCAUGGAGCGGGGUUACAACGUGUCCCUGUGCUCACUCCAGCCCCUCUCUUGUACACCAAAGAACAACCUGCUGGUCGGGAAAAGAUGACAAUAACUGGGUCUAUUGUCAUAUAAUUAAUAUCAUUGUAGAUGUUUUAAUAAAUAUUUAAAAGACCCAGA